AGGAAGGAGGCCGGCGAGGCGGGCGCUUCGCUCAUGAAUGGCCCCAUUGAGAGGCCGGCCGGAGGAGGAGGAGGGUGCGCACAACCCCACACAACCCCGAGGAGGAGAAGCAGGAGAAGGAGAACGACGAGAACGAGGAGGAAACCACCGGGCCGGGAUGCUCAACCGUGCGCACCAAGGAGGGAAAGCCUUUGGGUUGCUCAAAGCCAAACAAGGAGGCCGGCUGGAAGAAAUCAACAAGGAAUUCCUCUGCGACCCCAAGUUCAGCGAUGAAGAGGAUUUGGAGGAAAAGCUGGCCGUCUUUAAAGAGAAAUACAUGGAAUUCGACUUGAACAACCAAGGCGAAAUCGACCUGAUGUCGGUGAAGCGGAUGAUGGAGAAGCUGGGCUCCCCGAAGACCCACCUGGAGCUGAAGAGGAUGAUGACCGAGGUCACCGGGGGGGUCGGCCAAACCAUCACCUACACCGACUUCGUCAACCUCAUGCUGGGAAAACGCUCCGCCGUCCUGAAGCUGGUCAUGAUGUUUGAGGGCAAGGCCGGCGAAGGCGAUGCCCCGAAGCCCCCCGCCGGACCCCCGCCGGAGAGGGACAUCUCCAGCCUGCCGUGAAGACCCCGACCCACCCACCCCUUGGACCCCCGACCCUUUUAGGACGCCCUCCCCUACUAACGCUCUGCUUUAGCAAAGGAAGAAGGAUCGAGAAGGGAAGUUCCUGGGACCCCGGCCGCAGGGACCCCUAGGUCGUAGCCGUUUAAAAUAUAUGCACAUAUAUAUAUAUAUAUAUAUAUAUAUAUAUUCAUAUAAAUAUAUAUUAUACACAAAUAUAUAUAUAUAUCUAUUUAAGCAGUGUCUGUAUAGCCGGCCGUGUCUCUUGAACGGGGCCGGAUUCUCUCUGCAAAAAAAAGAAAUCAUCCUUUUGUAAAACAGCAAUGACUUUAAAUAAUAAUAGUCUAUAUAUAUAUAUAA